AAAAUGGAAGGGAAAAUUCGUUGUAGAUUAUGCAGCGAAUUAUUUAGUGAGGCUCAUACUCUGGAGGCGCACAUUGCUACUUCUCAUAUUUACUACACACCUUACGAAUGUGAAUUUUGUGGAAAUGCUUUAUUCCCAACUGAUCGAGCAUUGAGGGAUCAUUAUAAAAAUAUUCAUAAUGUUGAGGAUUUUGUGAUAAAAUAUAGAGUUAAUCCAGAAUUGGAAAAACGUAAAGAAAUGUUGGAUCAAUUAAUGCUCGAUUCAACAAAUUUGACACUUAAAGAACAACAACAACAAAAUGCUCCAUAUGGUGCUUUUGCUUCUCAAUUAUUAAAAACAUGUACAACACAAUUAUUGCGUGAACAAUUAACUAAAACUGAAUUAUUUGUUAAUCAAAGACAAGGAUUGAGGGAUGAUUUUAAAAUUGAAGAUUAUUUUUCGCCUGAACCUGCUAAUAUUUUAAAUAAUCAUUUUGGACCGUCAACUAGUGAUAGUAGUAAUAGUGUUCUAAAUGAAAAUCAAAAACAGUUUUUACACGAUCCAAAACCACUUUUUGGCCAUUUAACUCAAAAUGAACUUAUUUGUGUUGGUUCAAUGAAUGGUUCUGAGGACAAUUUUAUUAAUUCUACAAUUGCAAAACAAAAUGGGUCUAAAAAGCGUGUUAGGCGUAAAAUUAAUAGCGAUGGAAGUAUUGAAUCAAAAAUGGAAAUGAAUGGAGUCAUUGAGGAAGAGAAAGUGACAAUGGUUGAAUGUAUUGAUUGUAAACGCAAAGUUGGAAAAUAUCGAAAUUCAAUGCUUAUUCACACAAGUACUCACCACUGUGAUCAACCAAUUUUUGAAUGUACUGGUGAAGGUUGUGAUAAAAAAUGGUAUUCAUUGUCUGCUAGGACUAAAGAACAUAUUGAAUCGAAGCAUGGAGGAAAUUAUUCACUUUUAAAGGAUAACCGUGCUAUAUUGAUGCCUAUGAUGAAAGCAAAGACUUCAAAACUUUUUCCAGACUAUUACUCUUUGGCUACCAAUUUAAGGGAAUUAUUACAAUAA